AUGAGAACCACUUUGGACUCAGCUACUAGAGGGGCAAAUAUGAGCAAGACUCCUGAGGAAGCCAAUAAGCUAAUUGAAGAGAUAGCUAUAACAAAUACCAAUGAGGCAUGGAGGGAAAUCAUACUUGAUCCUAACAAGCGCAUAAGACUUAACUUCAAUGAUUGGUAUUAUAAUCUAAAGCUUGUCCUAAGGCAAGAGAAAAUGCUUUAUGCUCGUGAUGAACCAGUUCCAUCAGAACCAGAUGCUAGAGUUGAUGAUACAGUGUGGCAAGUUUAUGAAACCCAUAAUGACCAUGCUGAUCAAGCCUCGUGUAUCAUGGUGGCUAGCAUGACCUCUAAGUUACAAAGGCAACAUGAGAUUAUGAAUGCUCCAAUAAUCAUUUUGCACCUUAAAGAAUUAUUUACCAAACAAGGGCAGAUUGAGAGGUUUGAGACCUCUAAGGAAUUGUUUCAAAUAGUGAUGUUUAAGAGCACUUCAGUCAAAGUGCAUUGUCUCAAGAUGAUCAAUUAA